UGUACAAUAGUUGAGAUUCUCGCGCUGGUCAUUUUGCAGAAUCAGCUGCUUAGUUGAACGGGGCUGGAUUUAUGCUGGGUGCCCCCCUUAAUUCUUUUUCUUUUUUAAAAUCUCUCUCUUUUUUACUUCCAGCCCUCUGGGUUAAGGACCCCACCCCUUUUCCUACCCCCUCCUUCCCGAUCCAGCAAUAUUGGGUGGUGGGGGAAAAGGGAGGGGGGGAAAUAAAUAACUCUACAAAGGAAUUUUUCUCUCUCCCAGAUUUCGGGUGGGGGGGUUGUUUGUGGGGGGGGGGUCCCCUCCCUAAUAUUCCCGGCUUUGUGUGCUUAGCCGCCCGCCCACCGCCUCGCUUCCGACCAAGUUUCCUCUGCGCACAAGCCGCCCCGCGAUGAGAAAAGAGGAAGAGCGAGGCUGGGGGAUUUUCUGAAUUCUUGGGAAGAUCUUCCUCCUCCUCCUCCUCCUCCUCCAACCUCCCCACCCCCGUUUCCGAGAAAAAGAUCGUCCCUGAUUUGGAUCCAGCCUGCCUCCCGGGUCGGAAAGCCAGAGGAUCGCGGAAGGAAAAGCCUCAACGAGAUCCGAGAGAGGGGGGGACAAGCGAGGCCAGGCCCCCAUCCGCCCCCUUCCUCUUCCUCCCCUCCGUCCCCCCACUCCCGCCCCACGAUCCAGGAUGGAGAAGAGCGCCGAGCAGCAAAAGGCCCCCGGCGGGAAGCAACAGCCGGGCGAUCGGGGAGCUUCCGGUGGGACCAUGUCAGAAGUGAUGCUGCCACCUCGAAAUGACCAGAAGCCUCCCCUGAUGGGGAAGGCAGAGGCUCAGCCAGGCCGCCGGACCCCUCCAACCUUCCCCCCAGCAGCCCCACCUCUGCCAGCUGCAGCUGUGACACUGCCAGCUCCAAAUGAACUCCCCAGUGCCAAGAAUCCCACCACACCGGUCUCAGAAGCAAGUUCUGCCUUCCAGAUUCGCCAGCCCAGCCCCCUGGAAGCUGACCCACUUCCAGAAGCAGAAAGCUUGCCCCCUAAGAGUGAUCGCCCCCCACCCAUUGGAGCCCCGAGUCCGCCUCACACGGAGGAGAUGCGUGGCAGUGCCCGCCUGCCACCCAAGAGCGAGCAGCCUCCCCUUGCCCAAGGUUCACCCACUCCCAGGGCAAAACAAGAUUCUCAGAAGGCCCAAGCAAGACACAGGAUGGCCCGAGAACGUCGUGAAGAACGAGCCAAACAUCUGGCUGCCAAGCGGGCAGUGUGGCUGGAGAAGGAAGAGAAGGCCCGCAUGUUGAGGGAAAAACAGCUGGAAGAGCGACGGAGACGGCUGGAAGAGCAGCGAGUGCGAGCAGAGAAGCGGCGAGCCGCCCUGGAAGAACGCCAGCGCCAAAAGAUGGAGAGGAACAAGGAGCUCUACGAAGCCGCCAUCCAGCGCUCCGUGAAGAAAACCUGGGCUGAAAUCCGGCAGCAGCGGUGGUCAUGGGCUGGGGCGCUGCACCAGGGCUCCCCCGUACACAAGGAGGGUGCAAGCAGGUGCUCCCUCUCUGCUGUAAAUCUCCCCAAACAUGUGGACUCUAUAAUCAACAAGCGCCUCUCCAAAUCUUCCGCCACUCUCUGGAACUCACCCAGUAGAAAUCGUAGUCUUCAACUUAGUGCAUGGGAGAGCAGCAUUGUGGACCGGCUGAUGACCCCAACUCUUGCCUUCUUGGCCCGCAGCAGAAGUGCUGUGACGCUAGCCGGCAAUGGCAAGGAGCAAGUCCCCGUGUGCCCCCGCUCAGCUUCUGCCAGCCCUGUAAGCCCCUGCAAAAACCAGCGUGUACACCGUUGUGCGGAGCGACGGCGGCCAGCAACCAGCAGCCCUGAUGUAACGCCCCGGAAUAAGCCUCACUCCUCUCCUCAUCAGAAAAAGAAAGAAAAGAAAGACAAGGAUCGGGAAAACGCCCAAGAAAAGAGUGCCUUAGCCCUCCGCAAACGCUACUCUACGCCUUCUGGCCAGGCACGUCAGCUGUAUGUACCCGAAGGCAGCCCUAGCCCAAAGCCCAAGCCAGCAUUGCCAGCUGUGGCCAAACAGCGCCCAGCCUCGCCAAGCCCAGGACCCAGCACUUCACAUCGGUCAAGCCUGGCUCGCAGUGCUCAGUCUUCACCCAAGAGGCGAGUUCGCAGGGAGCCCGAGGGCCAACCAAAGGCCCGGGAACGCAAGAAUGAACCGAAGGAACGUGGGGCAGCUUCUCCAGCCCCAGAGGAGAGCUUGAAGACAACAGGGAACAGUGAAACACCAGCAGAGAUCACUGCCCCCUCUGGGGCUGCCAGCCCGAUGCCUCCACCUCCUCCCUCAACGCCAGCCAAGCCGAUGGCUGGCACCACAGACCGAGAAGAAGCUGCUAGAUUGCUAUCUGAGAAACGGCGGCAAGCCCGGGAACAGCGGGAGCGGGAGGAACAGGAACGGCGGGAGCAAGAGGAGCGGGAGCGGCGCCAAGCAGAAGAACGGGCUCAGCAGGAAGCUAGAGACCGCCUGCAGCAGCAGGUUGAGCUGGCUAGGCAGGAGGAGGAGCUGGCCCGCCAGGAGGAGCAGGAGGCCCAGGAACGGGCUCGGGCAGAGCAGGAGGAACAAGAACGGCUUCAGAAGCAGAAGGAGGAAGCCGAGGCUCGGGCCCGGGAAGAGGCUGAACGCCAACGAGUGGAACGAGAAAAACAUUUCCAGAAAGAAGAACAAGAACGGCUGGAGAGGAAGAAGCGCCUGGAAGAGAUCAUGAAACGGACACGAAAAGCCGAAGGAGUUGAUGCUAAGAAAGAGGACAAGAAGAUGGUGAAUGGCAAGGAAGAGAAACAAGAGGAUGGAAUGGGUCUAGAUGGCAAGAAAUACCCUGGAAGCCUCCCCAAGGAAGAAGAGCUGCCUGAGAUGCAACCCUCGAGCCCAGCCAGUCGCAAAGGGCUGAGUCCAGACAGCACGCAGCACAGCUCCCCCAUCAACCCCACCCUGGCGCUGGUGAAUGGCCUGCAGUCCGGCAAGCAUGAGAAUGGCUUCCCCUCUCCCCAGGAGCCUAGUGGACGGGAGCACCCUGCAGGGUCCGGGCUAAGCGUGGCUGAUGAGCCCAUCCUCCCCUUUGCCAACAAGGAGCCCUUCCUCAACAGUGCGGUGGCCAAGGCGCCACAGGUCACAGAGGUCCUGUAGAUGGGGAUGCCAAAGGACGGGCGCAGCGAUGGGCCAACUCCCGACUACGUUAGAUGGGAAGAUGAUCAUCCAGGGCGAAUUCUGCCCCUCUAUGGGCUUGAGGGCAACACAAGGAACCAGGCUGGGGUGCCAGCCCUGUGGACUCACUCACUCUUCCUCCUGUCCUCUAUUUUAUGACUAGUAUUAUUUUUUUAAUAAGCACCUUAUCAGACUGACCCCAUCUCAUCUUCAACACUAUAUAACCACAUAGUUUAUUUAACUGGCUGGGCGACAAAGGAUGUGAAUAAUGUAUAUAAACUUCGAUGUUAGCAUGAGGACUGCGCCUUUAUCAUCCGGCUGCCCCUCGGGGGGCUAUUUUUAGGCGAGGGCCAGAUUGUGAGAAGGGGGGGAAUCAGACCCCCAACUCCUCGCGAGGGCGUGUUGCAGCCAAUAGGAAGCAUUUAGAGCAGUGUUUCCUCACCCUGGACACCUUUUAACUCCUCAACUUCCCCAGCCAGCCAUGGUUGCCAAGGUUGAGAAACACGGAUCUAGUUUUCUUAUUUAAAACUCUCCCCGUUGGUCUCGGCCAGGAGAUGGGCAACAUUGUGUGGCUGUGUGCGUGUGUGUAUGUGUGUGAACACUGUUAGCGACUCAGCAGCUGCCAUCUUCCAACACACUGUGCUUUUUCUGAGUAUGGGGGGGGGGUGCGCUGCUGUUUCUCGGUGGGGCAUUGCUGGCACUGCGGCGCUCAGUGUCACGGGGACAGUAUUAUGCCUCUGAGCAAACUUUUGUGGACAAUAAAAUGGAGAAAUCAA